AUGGUGUCCGAGGAGCUCCUCGAGAAGUGCCUGGAGAUCCUCCAGGACCAGGCGCUAGAUGAAGAAGAGCAGGUCGAGAAAGUGGAGGAUUUCUUGCGCGCCAACUCGUCAUUAUCGGGCGCGUCCCUGGAGAAUGCCGUGUUAGACAUCCUAUGGCGGCAUCGCAAUCGCACACAGCCCGAAUCGUCCCCUCCUCCGGCUCGUCAUACCGUGAUUCGUCGAUCAUCUCCGGCGCCAUGGCAGAUGGCUCGCGCAUCAACACCGCUCUCGCCUCAGCCAGCGACGCUGGGAACCAGUCCGGGGAGUACCUCGUGGGUGCAGAACUCGCGCGGGGCAUUCUCCCGAGCUCCGCGGUCCUCAACCGUCUCUCCGUUUACCUCGCCGCGGCCAUCCCCCCGCCUUGCCCUGGCGCAACCGAUCCCACACUCGCCCAGUUUGAAUGCGUACGAAUUCUCGGAUCAAAGUCAGAUUUCCGACUUCUAUGGCGAUUUCGGCAGUGAUAGCAAUGUUGAUUGGUUGGUGGGUGACGAUGCAAACAGUACCACCUCAUCGACGGGCGCCCUCAGUGUCCCCGGGUCUCUGAGUGCGACUGCGGCCGAGUUUGUCCCGGAUAUGAGCCCACAUGAUAUUUUGCGCACUGUGUUGGGAGACAAACGGACCAAUGAUGAGAUUGAAACCGCCCUGGAGGCGAACAGCUAUGACCUGGGUGCAACCAUUGCCGCCCUUUCACAAGACGCCGAGGCCGAGACACUAUUGAAGCGAAAUGAAGAUGCUCGAGUGCUGGUUGGUAAAUCCAUGGCGAUGGAACCACCCCGUCCUGUGACCCCCUCUGGGAACGGUCGUAGCCCUGUGGUCUGCAAGUACUGGCUGUCUACUGGGCAAUGUCUGAGGGCGGACUGCCGUUUCAGCCAUGAUCUCACCAGCCAUGUGUGCAAAUAUUGGGUGAUGGGCAACUGCCUGGCAGGAGAUGGAUGUCCAUUUUCUCAUGACCCCUCCGCCCUCAUUUCCAACCUCAGUGUCUCCAGUAAUAGUCGCCCGGCCUCGCCCGCGUCCAGCUCUCUUUUCCAAGUGGACAAUGGCUCCGAUGCUUUCCCACCCCUUUCAUCAGCAGGGAGCGAAGACCAGUGGGCAAACCAGUCUGGUGGCCGCUACCUAGGUCUCUCCGGUCCUCAAGUAAAGCAUAUCCCCCCGGGGCUUCACCCCGGCAUGGGCAGACGCAAUGGCAGCUUGACACACCUAGGACGUCCCACCUCCCGCCCAACCAGUCGCCACCAAAACCGACCCGAAUUGAAUCCCUCUGCUCUGUCUGUCGACGACCCAGAUGCCUUCCCGACCCUCGCCGCAGUCAGCGCAAAGAAUGCGGGAAAGAAGCACCAUGGGAAGCGAGGGGCUCACAAUGCGGCCAAAGAAAACAUCCCAUCCUCGCUGGCCGAUGUUGUUCGCAUGUCACCGUCACCUGGGCCCAAUAAAGGGAAAAAUGCCCUCAAAAGUGCGAAAGAGACCAAGGGCCGCGAGAACAGCGCGGCAGCUAUGACGAUCUCUCCUCCUCAAAAUAUUCCUUGGCUCGAGACGGGUGCGCGGGCGAACCAACAAUAUAUCAAGUAUCGCACAGAAGCCAUCCGUCACGGGACUGUGCGCAACAAGUUCUUGCAGAGCGCCGCCCAAGCAUGGAACCGGAGCGAUGCGCGAGCUGCCAAAGCGCUUUCCCUCCGCGGCCAAGCAGAGAACGAUGCUAUGCGUCGUUGCCACCGCGAAGCUGCACGCCAGCUUUACGAAGAGCGCAAUCAACACCUGGUCCAGGCAGGCCUAGAUGGAGCUGCGGAGGAGCUCUACGUGGAUCUGCACGGCCUCCACCCCGAAGAAGCAAUUGAGUACCUCGAGAAAAUCCUCCUCAAGCACGCUCGGGAGGGUCUUCGAGUGGUAUACGCCAUCACCGGCACCGGCCACCAUUCUAAAAACGGCAAGGACAAGAUUGGCAAGGCCGUCAAGGCCUGGCUUAACGAGUGGCGCUACCUGUUCCGCGAGUUCAGCGUUCCUGGCGAGCGCGGCGGUUAUGUCGGAGGCAUCCUAGGCAUCGACCCAACCAGCUAUGACAAGUCUCUAGCCAAGGCUGUGGCCGAGAGUGAUGAUGUAGCGGCUGAGAGUGGUCCACCAACCCUUACUAUGGGCAAGAUCCAGUUGCUCAAGCGUGAGGAGAUAGAAACGAACAACUCAUGA